AUGGCUCUCGUCAACGUCCGCCGCGAUGUCAGCGACGCCUUCUAUCGCUACAAGAUGGAGCGUCUGCAGACCAAGAUUGAAGGCAAGGGAAACGGUAUCAAGACCGUUGUCGUCAACCUUAGCAGCGUUGCCGCUUCGCUUGCCCGCCCCGGUGCCUAUGUAAUCAAGUUCUUUGGCUUCGAGCUUGGUGCUCAGACCAACAUCGACCCCAAGGACGACCGUUGGAUCAUCAACGGAGCCCAUGAUGCUGCCAAGCUUCAGGACCACCUCGAUGGCUUCAUCAACAAGUUCGUUCUCUGCAAGAAGUGCAAGAACCCUGAGACCGAUGUUGUCAUCAAGGACGACCGUAUCCUGCUUGACUGCAAGGCCUGUGGUCAGCGGACUGAUGUCGACCUUCGCCUGAAGCUCAGCGGCUUCAUCCUCAAGAACCAGCCCAAGAAGGGCAAGAAGGACAAGGCCGAGCGCCGGGCUGCCAAGAAGGCUCGACAGAACGGCAACGCUGCCAACGGCACCAGCGGCCAGGGCAGUGAUGAAGCUUCUGAGAAUGGCUCCAACGACAACGGCGACGAGGACGUCGGUAGCGAUGACGAGUUCCAGAAGAUGCAGGCCGAGGCCCCCGAGGUUCCUAAGGAGGUCGAGGUCAACGACAACGACUGGGCUGUCGACAUGAGUGAGGAGGCUGUCAAGGCCCGCCAAGCCUCGCUCCCUGGCGAGUUCAAGCAGAAGAUGAACCUUGGUGAUGACGAAGAUGAGGACGGCGAGGGUGGUCCUACCGUUUAUGACGAGCUUGGUGACUGGAUCCAGGCCCAGGCCCAAGAGAAGGGUAGCAUUGACAAGGUUGAGUCCAUCGACAUCUAUGUCAAGGCAAAGGAAUUGGGUAUUGAGGGCAAGCACCGCAGCGUUCUUGUUCUCGUCCAGACCAUCUUUGACAAGAACAUUGUUGCCCAGAUCCCCAAGCGCUCGAGCAUGCUCAAGCAGUUUAUCACCUCUGAGCGCCACGAGAAGGCCCUCCUUGGAGGCACUGAGCGUCUCAUUGGUACUCUGGCUGAGAACAACCCUGACAUGUUCCAGUCGAUUGUCAAGAUCCUCCAGUUGUACUACCACUACGACCUUGUCAGCGAGGAGGUGGUGACCAAGUGGGGUACCAAGGCCAGCAAGAAGUACACUGACCUUUCUACCUCCAAGAAGGUCCGCAAGGCUGCUGAGCCGUUCCUGACUUGGCUUGCCGAGGCCGACGAGGAGUCUUCGGACGAGGAGUAA